GCAUAUCCUGAGGGAAGCAGUAAAGAAAGAAGACGAGCUGCUAUAGCUCAAUCUUUAUCUGGGGAAGUGAGUGUUGUACCACCUUCUCGUUUGCUUGCACUCCUUGGUCAGGCAUUAAAAUGGCAGCAACAUCAAGGUUUAUUACCUCCAGGGACAACUAUUGAUUUGUUCCGAGGCAAAGCAGCUAUUAAAGAACAGGAAGAAGAAAAAUACCCAACUCAGUUAUCAAAACAAAUCAAGUUUGGACAAAAGGCUCAUGUAGAGAGUGCUAGAUUUUCUCCUGAUGGUCAGUAUCUUGUAACAGGCUCUGUAGACGGUUUUAUUGAAGUCUGGAAUUUCACAACUGGAAAAAUUAGAAAGGAUUUAAAAUAUCAAGCUCAGGAUAAUUUUAUGAUGAUGGAUGACGCUGUACUGUGCCUUUGUUUCAGUCGAGAUUCAGAAAUGUUAGCAUCUGGCAGUCAAGAUGGUAAAAUAAAGGUAUGGAAAAUUCAAACUGGUCAGUGCCUCAGGCGUUUCGAAAAAGCUCAUGCCAAAGGUGUGACUUGUGUGCAGUUUUCUAGAGAUAGCAGUCAGCUGCUUAGUGCGUCAUUUGACCAGGCAAUUAGAGUUCAUGGUUUAAAGUCUGGAAAACUACUGAAAGAAUUCAGAGGACACACCUCUUUUAUAAAUGAAGCUAUAUUUACGGCUGAUGGACAUAAUAUUCUCAGUGCUAGUUCUGAUGGAACUGUUAAAUUGUGGAAUAUUAAAAGCACAGAAUGUAUUAGUACCUUCAAGUCUCUUGGAGGCACAAGUGGCAUUGAUAUCACUGUAAACAGUGUGCAUGCAUUGCCAAAGAAUACCGAACAUUUUGUUGUAUGCAACAGAUCAAAUACAGUUUCUAUUUUGAAUAUGCAAGGGCAGAUUGUAAGAAGUUUCUCCAGUGGUAAACGAGAAGGGGGUGAUUUUGUUUGUUGUACUGUUUCUCCAAGAGGCGAGUGGAUAUAUUGUGUUGGAGAGGAUUAUGUACUGUAUUGUUUCUCUACAUCAACUGGCAAACUUGAAAGAACAUUAACUGUUCAUGAGAAAGAAGUUAUAGGUAUUAGUCAUCAUCCUCAUCAGAAUCUUAUCAGUACAUACAGUGAAGAUGGUUUACUGAAGUUAUGGAAACCCUAAAAUGGAAAUAUGUUUAUGUAUAGUCAUGUUUUUCUUUCAACAAAUAUUGUAAUGCAUUUUUUAGCAAUAAAUCUAUUAAAAGGAA